CUGCUGUAGAAUUUCUAUCUUAAAUAUUUAAAGUUUUAAAAUUAAAAAAGGAAAAGUCUACUUUUUGUUAUUGUAAAAACAAAAUAAAGAAAUGUAAUAUUGAUUAUUUGAAGUAUGUUGUUGCAAAAAAAGCAAGAAAAGUUGAAUGGUGCAUUAUAUUUUUUAUGUCGAAGAACGGUCUCGAUUGCUGGUUAAAUAAUUCUUUUAAAAAAAAAUUAUUUAAUAGUUCUCUCUGCAAAAAAGAUUUAAAAAUGAAUAAAAAACAAAAUAAACAGGUUGAACUUAAACAAUACAAUAAUAAAAAACAUGUUCAGCCUAAACUAUAUAUAGAUACACAAGAAAAUCUUGGAACUAAUUUUAAUAGCCCAUAUUACUUGGAUAACUCUGAAAUAAUUUCUUUGAAAAAAACAAGUAAUAAUUCAUAUUGUAUUCAUGAUGUAUCACUAGAUAAAGACAAGUCAGAAAAUAUAUACGCUUUUAAAGAAACUAGUAAAAUUAAUGAUAUAAUUGCUAUAGAUGAAGAUGAUGAUAUUGAAGACUUUGAAGCCAAAAAGAUAAGAUUUUCAAAUCAGUCCAUAGAAUUAGGUCAAUGUGAUUUUAAAACAAUAGAUUGUUGGCAGUUAAAAGAAUAUAAUCAAGACGAAGUUGUAUUUGAUGAAAGUCUCAUAAAGGAGCUAGAAGCGGAAAAAGAAACUCAACUUUUGCAACAAGCACAACAAAAGAAUAAUGAUAAAAGUUUAACAAAGGGCAAGCACAAACCAAUGAACAAAAAACAAAGCAAUAUUGGUCAAACAAAAAGUAAUGAACGAAGGACUCCCAAAAAGAUUUCUUGUAAAAGUGUUAGAAGUAAAAUUUCUUGCAAAAAUCCAGUUGAGCAAGAGAACGAAAAAGCAGAAUCUAAAACUUCUUUUUCUGUUGUAGGAAAUUCUACCGAUGUAGAUUUAACAGGAAAGGGACAAGCAAUUUUGAAGAAAAAUAAAAAAGAAUCUAAACGGUCAGGUGAGAACCUAUGCGAUAAUAAAAUCGAUUAUGGGGUAUCAAAAAUUGAUGUACAAAAAAGUGCAGGAGAAUUUGAUAUUGAAUAUCAUAUAACAAAAGUAGCAGAUACUACCGAAUGCAAAAUAAAUUCACCAGAAUUAAAUGGCAGCAAAUUGAUAGUCGAGGAAAUAAAAAAAGUCAAUCAAAAGAAGAACAACAAUAUGUUUAUCACAGGAUUUUUAGAUUUUCUUUCGAAAUCAUCAGGAGAUGUGCGAGAUUUGAUAAAAAAGCGAGACCAAAAUACUCCGGUAAAGGAGGAUUCCACAUUAAGUAAAACACAGUCCACAAAAACCACUAGGAAAAAAAAAGGUUCCCUUCCUAAAAAUGAACUCACAGAUGCAAAAGAAGACAAUAAAAAGAAGACGACGAAAAUCGUUUCUGUCGAUUUAGAAAAAAGUGAGCUUAUACAUACGAAGAAAGAUAAUACAGAAGUACUUUGUGUCGAUAUAGAAAAAUGUAAUUCAGAAUUUUAUGAUGAAAACUCGCAUGCUUCAGAAUCUUCUGUUCAGAGUAUACAUUCAUAUGUUCAAAGUAUAUGCUCAUCAGAUACAGAUUCCGCGUUAUUAAAUACUAGUUCUAAAAACAAAAAAGGUGCCCGUGAAGAACAACAUGAUUUUCUCAUUACAGAUGUUUUGAAAGAACCAAAUAACACUAUCACAAAUGUUAUUGAUUUGUCUGAUGUGUCUUCAGAUGUUGAACACCAAGAGAAACUGCUUAAUGCAGUUAACAAAAAACAAAACCACAAUAGUAAACCCAAAUCUGUUAGCAAAAGAAUUUUAAAAACGUCCUCAGUUGAUUGUGCUGUUAAAGCAAAAGGACAAUUGGAAAAUGAAACUAUUACCAAAGCACACAUUUCGUUGCUUGAUGAGAAUGAACAACCAUCUAAAAUUGAGUUACCUCAAAGUGUUGACUAUCAAAGACUCCUUUUCCAAAAUGGAAAUUUAAUGAUACCCAAAAUUGUGAGUAUAGAGUUAAUAGAAGGUAACUGCAAUGAGGAAAAUAAUUUAACUCAAAGUGCUUUAAAUUCGCCUCCUCUACACUCAAACAAUGGCCAGAUUUGUAUUCAGGUUCAAAACAUUACAUCAACCGUUAUUAAUGGUUCUCAAAAUAACCACAAUAAAUCUAAUGAGUUUUUAAAAUCAGCUACAAUUGUACAAGGUUUGACACAAAGUAAAGGCAAAGCAGAUGCCGGCUGUAAUAACAUCAAUGAAAAAAACUUAACAGAACACACAAUCGGUUGUAACAGUUCGGCAAACUCCAAUUGUAACUCAAACUUAAAAUUUGAUCACUUUAAAAGCAAACAGAAACCUGUUACAAAAAACAAAGAAGGAAUAAAGAAAAAUCAUUCAUUUGAAGUAGGAAAUUUCGUUGUAUUUAAAAAUGAGCUUUACAGUAAUAGUUGGCCGGUAAUCUUUGAAGUUAUAACUUUAACGGCAUUGAAGAGGUAUGAACCAGUUUUCGAAAAUUGUCGAUGGUUGUAUAAAAGUACACUAUCUUAUUUACGCUUUCAACAAAAAAAAAAUUGCAUAAAGGUACCUGUAAAAAUAUUGAACACGGAUAAUGGAAUAAUAACUGCUCAAUUAGAUAGAAUGGAAAUUGAUUACGAUUAUAGCAAGUCUAUUAAAGAAAGUUUAGUUAAAUAUGAAGAAUUAAGAGAACCUUUUUUCAAUUAUAUGUUAACUGUUGUUUCACAAGCUUUAGAUUUUAAUUUUUUCCAAAUAGCUUUCCAAGAAAACAAUCACAACAUUAUGUCAAAAAUUUUGUUGAUUGAUAAUAUUAUAACAAAAGCUGUACAAAAAUGCAAAACUUCUAUUAAUUGGAGUAAUUUACCUCAACCUUCCAUAGAUGAAUUAUGUCAUUGCACAUGCAAAGUUCCAAGUAAAGAAGAAAUUAAAGAACACCGGUGUUACAUGUGUUCCUCAACCAAUAUUAAAACUUCCUUAGUAUUUAGUGGGCAUCCUUAUAAUAAGCUGACGUUGAAAUUAUUGAAAAAAAAUGAGAUUUGGAUUGAAGAAGAGUAUUACUUUUGUCAAGUAUGUUUACAGAAUGUGACUUUAAUACAUAAGUUAACUCAUAUGAAAUAUUCACUGUAUGUAAAAUGUAAAGCAAAAUUAUCUGAGAUCAGAGAUCCUAAUGAUGUUGUAUUAGAUACUAAAAAAAUUUUAAUAUCCAUAUUAAAUGAUACCACAUGGCUAGAAGAAUUAUUUUCAGAAUUUAUUUUAAAUUUAGCUGAAGUUGAUUUCAUAGAGAAAAUUCAUGCGACAUAAUUACUUUUACUAAUAAUAUUGUGGAAAAAUAUUAACAAUAAUUUAAUAAAUUAUUUAAUUUAAAUUUUGCAUAAAACGAUGCCAUAGAAAACUAAUUUUUAUUAUUUAUUAGAGUUACGAAAGAAUUGCUUAACUGGAAAAAUUACCAAAAAUAAAUUCACAAUAUAAGCUAAAUUAACAGAAAACUCGUACUUUAUAUAAUUAAAAUCUAGAACUAAAUUUAUUAUAAUUACAUAUUA